ACGGGAAAAUGAAAGCUAUCGAUGUCGUUACGCUGGUAUCGACACCCCCACUCGAUAUGUGUCUCGAUCCGCCCACCAUAGUAUCCACUAUCAACGACAUAGCAGCACAAUGCUAACAGCAGCAACACAGUAAACGACAUCUUAUACGGUGUCUUUCAUGAGGCGUUGAAGGCAGAAACGUGCCAACUGCCAAUCAUGUAAUUAUGUCACUCCGCCAUUCUGACUUGGAAGCCCGACUCUGACUUCGACCAUGCCGAAGAUGAAACUACCGAUGAAAACGAGCGACGAAACGCCAGAUGAGAAUCCAUUGGAUGGUUUACCAGGAGCCCACCAAGUAGAUCCGGCCCAGCUGGACAAGGAGACGAUCUAUGAGUGGUUCGGCCUUCAUCUCAACCCGGCCAAGCGGGUGGAGUUCAUGUGCGGCUUGAUGCACAUGUGCCAGCCCCUGGAGCUCCGCUUUUUAGGCUCCUACUUGGAGGACCUAGCCCGGAAAGACUAUCAUGUUUUUCGGGAUUUUGAAUUCCGUGCGAACAACCAGCAAGAGUUGGGCGUCUUAACGGACGUGUUGGACUCGGUGGUGAGGGCGAAAUUACUGGUUUGUUUGUCGCUGCUCGGGUCUGACAGCAGGGAAUGCGCUGGGGUACUCUUCCGCAUACUGAGCCAUGUAGACCCGGGCUUGUUCUGCAAGAACUACCCCCUUCCUCCGUUCAGGGACCCUCACCACCACUCCUUCCGCCCGGCGUGUCAGGCCGAGCGUACGUGCCGGGGGAAGGAGCAAACAUGUGGAUUUUCGACGGCCGACAUCCCCGCCGGACCGUUGAACCAGUUAGCGCUGCUUUUCACUAUGGCGUCUCUUCACCCGGCUUUCCACUUCCACCAGCGGGAGACGCUUCGGGAGAAGCUCGAUAAAAUUGAGCUUGUGAUAGAAGAGGAGGGCCGUCAUCUUGCUUUAAACGCAAAACCCAUGGAGCUGUCGGGCCAGGAAGGUGAUUAUCUGGCAUCUUCACCUCUGACUUUGGGAGAAUGUGCAGACUCCCAUCCUCCUUGUCAAAACCGACGCUCCAGGCGCCGGGCGAUAAAAAGAGAAGUGCAUAUAGAGGGAAUUGUGCUCAAGUGUAUCUCGAGGGCCAGAAUGGACAAGGAAUAUACCUUUGAGGUAAAGUGGUCCGACUCUUCCUCUAGUAACGUGACCAAGACUCAUCUGGAACUGGAAAAUUUUCUUUUUAAGCUUCCUAAAGAUCAGUGCACUGAGACCUUUGAGAAGGGCCUCCUGAGACUUUUGAGCCAAGGGGACUAUUACGAGAGCAGAGAAGUCGAGGAAAGCCUCAGGGAAAAGUUCCUUGCUGCCCCUCCAGUUUUCAGACAGGCCAGAAAGGUGUGCAGCUUCUUCAACUGUGACUCCAGUUACUCUACAAAACUUUCUUGCUGCCGAUGCAACUCCCAGCUGGGGAAAAACUUCCAAGGAAAUAUUUCUGACGCCUCCAGUCAGGACGAAGAAUCAUACAGCCAGAGAGACAAGAAGAAGCAUGGAACCAAGAGUACCAGUCAAUGUCCGUCUUGUGCAAAAGGCCCUCGGGGAGACGGUCGAAGGGGGCCUCACGUUGCCGAGCUCAGCGUUCCAGCAGAAAGGAGGAAGAGAAGCUGCACCUUGAGGAGCACGCUGGAGUGUGAACAGGACACACAGAGGAGAAGCCAUCCAGUCACUAAGACUAAGAACAGAGUCCUACCCACUGACAGAAACGCUUCAAAGGGCUUUUGUCUGACCAAUGGUAAUCUACUACCAGCUGGGUUGUCACAAAACAAAGGUUUGGUUGCAGUUGACGGUUCUGGUCUGGACACAUUCGGUGAAACUUCAUCAGAGAGCUACAGCUCUCCAUCGAGUCCUCAACACAGAGGAGCUGAGAGCCUGGAAAGUGAGGACGAUAAUAACAGAGAUACUGAUUGCCACUCUGAUGACUCCUGCAAACUACCUGGUCCUGACGUGUUCUUCGGCCAGCAGACCGAUCCAAGCGCAGUGGGGGAGGGGACGUCCGACCCUCCUUUAGCGCCUCGCGACCAGAUGAUGAUGGAGAACACUCAGUUUUCCCGUCUUUCUUUAAUGCAUCCUCUGCCGUAUGUGCUCCCCAACGGCGCCUGUGACUCACUUGCAGUGCCUCCUCCGCCUCCCGGCCAAAGCCUUCUCCCAGAUGCAAAGCUCCCUUCUGGCCCAGCGGCUGUGCAGAUGCCUCCCAUGGUUCCGGUGAUGUCGGGCCACGUGGAAACGGAGAAAAGGGACAUCAUCCCGACUUUUGGUUUCCAGCCUUUGGUCCAACGGUUUAAAAUGUCUUCUUCCCAACCUCGAAGUGGUCCUGAUGGAGUGGCAGCGAGCACUUGCACGGCUGCAGCUAUCAGCGUCCCGUCUUCUCAGCUGCCUCAGGAUGCGGCCGCCGUCAAUCCAAACCUGACGGCCGCACUUCCUGCGGGAGACACUUCUCACAGCAAACACGCCGGUUUAACUCUUCCAUCUGGUCUGCCUCCUGCUUACCCCCCUGCAGGUGCACCCGCAACCGCUGGACCUGUAUCCUCUCCUGGACUUGUGCAAGCUGCUGUUCCUCCAGCUGUACCCACACGCGCCCCAGGCUCCGCCCCCAGCCCCAGCCCAGCACUUACGCACAGCGCGCCUCACAGCGAGUGUCUGUCAUUCGGCAACACCAGCGCUUCCUGUGGCAAUCCUCUGGCUUUCCAACAAACUCACCAACAGCAGCAGCAGCAGCUGAUUGGCUGCGGCACGUGCGGCUGCCACAACAACUGUGGCGGUCGUGGCGGCGUGAGCGGCUGCCAAGCGCCGCUCUUCUUUCCCAAUCAUCAAAUGGUGGCAGCAGCACGACAGGUCUUCAGUGUCCCGCCUCCUCUGUUCCAACUCACAAGCCUGUGCAUCAACAGCUACCUCACCCAGGGCCAGCAGCCGCCCCACCAGGCCAAUGGGGGCGCCUCUCUGCCCGCCUUCUACGCCGCAGCCCCUCCCCCCAGCCAUCCCUACGGCCCCCUCCACUCGCAUUCUCACAGCCACGCGGACGUGCCGGCACACAUGCUGAGCACUCAGGUGGUGGCGGCCGCCAGCUACAACCUGCAGCAUCAAAUCACGCCGACAGCAGCCUUUUUCCAGCGUGUUUACCAGCAGGUCUACCCCAGUCCUGUGGGGAUGCUGCCCCCUGCUGCUCUGGGGGGCGCAGGAGUUAACAAGAAGACUGGGAGCACGUCUUGUUGUAACUGUGGUGUGAGCGGACAUUAUGCUCAGGACUGUAAGCAGCCCUCCAUCGAAUCUACACAGCAAGGAAGGUUCCGGUUAAAGUACGCAUCUUCACAGCUGUCAGAGACACUCGACAACGCCUACUGAAGAUGCUGUUGCCAUGACGACAACAACGUGCUGAGCGGACAAAGCUGAGGUUUUUGUGCCUGAAUCUUGUUGAUGAGCUUCAACUUACCUUCUCUUUUUGCACUGAGGCUGGGAAACAUUUAACUUAUUGUUGGGGAGGCCAUUUUUAAAGGUCAUGUUUAUGCUGUGUCGGCAUUAAUACUGCUUUGUGUGUCCGAUGGGACUUGAAGGCAUCAUGUGAAGAACAUGUUUUGAAGGAAACUAAUCAACGCUCAUUCAGAACGCUUAAGUCAGUACACUGUGUACUAACGAGUGUGCACAUUUUGACAGAUGACUGUCAUUGUCUUGAAGUACACUUAAAUAACUAGGUUUAUCAUGUACUUAAGUUGCUGAGUGUGCAAAUGUUGACAGUGGAGUGCGGUUCCAAGUCUAUUACUCUCUUAUUGCACACUCGACCGUUGGAAAUAUUUACUUCGACUAGUUGCUCCUCAGCCGCCAUUGUGUCAAGUGAGCCCCUCCCCUUCCACUACUAGGGUGCUAAUUGUCCAUCAAAAUGCACUCACCAUUUUAAGUGCAACAUCCUGGUAUUUUUCAGUGCACUGCAUUUUACUGUUCUUAGUGCUCCAGUGUCCCAAGAGCAAGCCCACUUCAAAGAUGAAGUGUAAUAAGUCAAGUAAUGCAUGAACUGCGACAUUAUUGCCUUCGAAGGCAGUUACUGUUUGCAACUUUUUGGUUUUGUUUUAAUAUUCUAAGUGCACUAAAACGUUUGAACAUUUCAAGCAAGGCUUUACUCUGCUUUGAUGUACUGUAAAAAUACAUGUUUUCUUAGUCCAGUUCAGCUAAAUUAAAAUCAGCCUGCUAUAAUAGAAUAUUGUUUUAUUAUUAAUAUUUGCUGUGAAUGACAAACUUUUCACUAAAAUAUCUUGAACUUGAAAGAUCAAAAAUGUCUGUACACUUUGCUGAGUGUACUUCCUUGGUAUACUGUUAAAUACUGUAUUUAUUUCAUUUUUUUAGACUCUUGUUGCAUACAAUUCAAGUCAUUUUGGCCCCCGAAGUCUUCCAGUGUAAGAACUGACUGAACAAACUUAUUAAAUAAAUAUAUACAACCGAUACCAGUUCUAUCGAUACUAUUGAUAUCAUCCUUGUGCACUCAAAAUACAGAAGUGUGCCAAUUAAGACAGCAACAUCAUUUUUUGUGUUCUUGGUAAGUCUCUAAAUCUAUAGCAUGCUGCAAAUAGAUCAGUCACUUUGAUUGAAAUCACAGCAGCCAUGUCAUUGAAAUCGUGUUUUUUUUUAGGCUUGAGUGGGUUUAUGCCACACGUUAAAUCUCAUGUUUUCUAACACUCAGCCCGUUUUGGGUCGUGUGGAAGCUGGAGCCUAUCCCAGCUGCCUCCAGUUAGUCACAAGACGCAACAUACACACCAACUGUCACUGAGCAGGACUUCAUCCCAGCCAUGUUAACCACCUGUGAUGUCCUGUCAAUCAUAUGAUAACACUCAUGGGUAAUUAUGAAGUGUACACAUACUGUAUGUACACUCUUAUUUCCUGCUCAGUUGAAAUGUUUACUGUACUUUGAUACUGGAAGGUCUGACAUGUUUUUUAGCAGGAUUUGGAUUUUAUGCAAACUGUUUUCAUUUAAAUUAAAAGCAAUACAUGGAAUAAAAAA